GGAGAAGAGAAGGUCAUCACUGAACCGAAGAAAAAGAAACGAAGCUACAGCUUACAACACAUAUUGCUAACAGUUGAAAGGAGCUAGCUAGCAAGAAACUCACCAAAACUAUUAUUUUUACUUUCUUGUGAUCCGUACCUCACUACUGUUUGGCCGCCUCCUCAUUCCUCGCUUAUUAAAUAGCCCCUACCCGCACUCCCAUAUUCUUCAUCUCUCAAGUUUCAGAAGUUGGAAAUGAUGGCCACAGUACUAGAGCAUCACAUCAAUAACGCCGCAGUUGAGUUCGUGGACUACUUUCCUUCCAUGAUUCUGCGGCUCGGAGAAGAAGCGUUCAUCGCAGAGCUGUGCAGCGGGUUUCGGCUGCUGAUGGAUGUGGAGAAAGGGCUCAUCACGUUCGAAAGCUUGAAGCGGAACAGCCUCUUGCUGGGGAUUCAUGACAUGGGGGACGAUGAGCUUGUGUGGAUGUUGAUGGAAGGUGAUCUCGAUGGAGACGGGGCUCUCAGCCAGUUGGAGUUUUGCAUUCUCAUGUUUAGGUUAAGUCCAGGUCUGAUGGAUGCAGGACCUAAUAAGCAGGUUUGGGUGGAGGACAUUGAUCGUCGUCGUCGUCAUGUAAAUGAUCAGAUACAUGUAGGGUUUCAAUGAUGUUAUCGUAUAUGCAAUUAGUUUUCAGCGUCUUCUUUCUUGUACGUUCUUUUAUUAAUAACUUCGAUCAAUAAUAAAUU